UUCCCGCGAGAUAACAGCCCGAUUAAAGAGGAGGAAGAAGAGCGUGUUGUUUGUUUAGGUUUUCGCUGACAAAAUGGGUUCUCGGUCCCUCUUUGUCUGUACUUGGGGACUGUGCGUCCUCUUCGUGGGCACAUCAUCAUCCGGAGAUGUGUUUGAUAGCGUCUUGGGAAACACACAAUCUUGCCAUAAGUCAUGUGAAAUGACAUACAGUUUGCACACGUACCCACGGGAAGAGGAACUCUAUGCUUGUCAGCGGGGCUGCCGUCUGUUCUCCAUUUGCCAGUUUGUCCGUGACAGCGACGAUCUCAAUCAGACGAAAUCCGAGUGUGAAUCAACCUGUCGUGAAGCCUAUUCCCACUCUGAUGAGCAGUAUGCAUGCAACCUGGGCUGCCAGAAUCAGCUCCCGUUUGCUGAGCAUCGGCUUGAGCAGUUGGAGGCCAUGAUGCCGAGGAUUCACCUGCUGUACCCGCUGACUCUGGUCAGAGGCUUAUGGGAGGAUGUGAUGAGUCAGGCCCACAGCUUCAUCACCUCCACGUGGACGUUCUACCUCCAGGCUGAUGAUGGCAAAGUUGUCAUUUUCCAGACUGAACCACAAGUCAGGUUUUUUUCUCAGUUUGAAGUGGAAAAGGACUUUGGAGAGGAGCCACAGAAGAGCUUUCCCGGAUUGAGCCCAGUUUACAAAGAAUAUCAUCGCACUUUGAUCCAGGAGAGGGACAGAGAUAUGACCGGGGACCGCACCUAUGCCGAUGAAUACAACCUCUUCAACUGUCUUUCCAGGAACCCUUGGCUACCAGGGUGGAUCCUCACCACAACUCUGAUCCUGUCUGUGCUGGUCCUGAUCUGGAUCUGCUGUGCCACUGUGGCAACUGCUGUCGACCAGUAUGUACCUGCUGAGAAAUUGAGCAUCUAUGGUGACAGUGAGAACGUGAAGGAACAGAAACUGACUCCGUACCCAGCAUCCUCCCUGCUGAUCAUUACCUCCAAAGGGUCAGAGGAAGAGGCCGGGCCACUCCCUUCCAAAGUCAGCCUGAGCCAGUCCGAUAUCUAGAAGCCAAAGCCGUAGCAGAGAAGGGAUUUCCUCUUUUAUGAAUAAGAUUUGGUUGAUUUUUAUCCUCUUGCACAAUACCUGGUUUAUCUUAGGCUAAACAGGAGUAACUACUUGCAGAAGAUUUUGUAUAACUGAUGUCUCGUCUCCCUUUGACGCUUUUAAAAUUGGAUUGAUGAAAAGGUUUUUUUUCUUGUAUAUUGGUAUAAUUGAGGCAUUACAGUAAUCGGCAGUGUAAUAUGUUGUGGGAUUUUUUUUUUCCUUCAAUUUCAAUGUGUGCAUUAGCUCUCUUGGUGUGCUUAUUUAAUUGAAUAAUGGUUAAAUGAAAUGUUUGUGACUUGAAGUGAUUUACUUUUUUUCUUUACCCAAGCCCUCAUUUUGUCAUAUAGAUUGUGCUGCAGACUCUGUACGUUCUCAUGUUUCUACUGCAGUGAUUUACAGAUGUUGAAUUUUACAAUAAAAUUGGAUGCUCCUUAUCUCAAUUAAUA